AUGGACUCCUACAAGUACCUUGGGGUGUGGUUGGACAGCAAACUGGACUGGUCAAAACACACCAGCAACCUGUACGGGAAGGUACAAAGCAGGAUGUACUUCCUCAGGAAACUGCAGUCCUUUAACAUCUGCAGCAAACUACUAUGUAUGUUUUACCAGUCUGUGAUUGCCAAAUCCUCCAAGUCCUUUAUGGCCGCUGGUACUUCUCUGGGCGGCGCAGAGGUCUUGGUUCGUGACAGUGUCCAUGUUGAUGAAGUUGGUCUGAACCAGGGGCGAGCAAAGGCUCAUUUCAACAUUGUGAAGGUUUCCCAAGAAAUCCAAAAUUUCUGA